CGCAGCACAACAUGGAAGAUAUUGAAGUAUCACAACAGUUCAAAACAAACUCCCCCUCUCUCCCCUCCCCCACCGCUCAACACAUCGCCAGCAUCUCCGGCACUCGCCUACACAUCCGCUCCUUAACCUCUCUCGAAAUAAUCCGCAGUAUUCCCCUACCUUCAUCACACGACCUCCGCAACUCACGCUUAUGCUGGAGCCCCCCAACAACGUCGACCUGCGGAUCCGGAAUCGCAACGCCUCCGCGACGCGGCCUGGCGCUAAGGUCGAAUCGCAUACUCAUAGCCGACGAUGAGACGACGCGGGUAUAUGACGUCCGUGAUGAUAAAUGGAAUGCUGUGAUUAGCAAUGGGAGUGGCGGGAUGGGGAAGAAUGUGCACGUCGAGUUCGGCGCGAGUGAAGACGAGGUUGUUGUUUUCUCGGAUUUUCAGAGCAAGAUUACGGUGUGGUGUUUACGGUCUGGCCGGACUGUGGAGAUAAAGGAUCCGAAAUAUUCGUCGGGGCGGGGUUGGGGAUAUAGGCCUUGUGGAGAAGUGGUCGGGAGCGAAGAGGGAAGAGGAAAGAGUGGGGUGUUGGCUGUGUUGUGUCGUAAUUCGGGGCAAGAUGUAAUGAUUUUGUUGGCGCCGAGGACGUACAAGGUGCUUAAGAGGGUAGAACUUAGGACUGUGGAUGCACAGGGGCUGAAGUGGUCAGGAGAUGGAAGUUGGGUUGCGAUUUGGGAUUCCUCGGGCUCGGGGUAUCAUCUGCAUAUUUACACAGCUGAUGGACACCUCUAUCGAACUAUCCAGCGGGAAACACAAAUGCUGUCUUCGGAAUUCGAUAUCGAGGGCCUGGGUAUCAAGACCGUGGAUUGGUUGCCUGGAAACGAGUUUCUUGCAAUUGGAGGCUGGGAUCGGCGCGUUCGCAUGCUAUCUACGCGGACUUUUGCGCCCGCAUUAUUCCUGGAUCACACGGCGCAGAUAUGUGUGCCGAAAUGUCAGGUGUACAAGGAGCAAAUUGACGCCACUAGAUCGAGAACAUACGUGUUAAGCCCGCAGCCUAUACUGCCGCCAAAAGCCGAGAUAGGGAAGGACGACCGGAGUGCAAUGCCGAAACAAGGUAUCAGCAUCAUUGCAGUGAAUACAGAUGCUACGCUAUGCGCGACAAGAGACGAUUCCACCCCUACAGUAGUCUGGAUAUGGGACCUACGAUCCUUAGAACCAAGGACGAUUCUGAUUCAGCAUUCGCCCAUUAAGAGUCUUCAAUGGCAUCCAACAAACCCAUCACUCCUGCUCAUACAAAUAUUCCAAGACUCGCCAACUGUAUACCUCUACACCGCUCCCUCUGUUCUCUUCCACUCCACCUCCGAAGCUGUCACGCUAACCCCACCAAACAUCCUCGACCUCUCCUCGCAAAUCAGCAAGCCUGCCGGGUCCUUACCCGCGAAAUGGACGGCAUCAUGGCUUCCCACUCCCAUGGAUAAGAAACCGUUCUUCGUGUUCGGCCACCAACAAGCCUACACUCUCAUCUGGCCAGAAGGGAAAGACCAGAUCCUCAGAUUCGAAGGCGAAGAUGGGGAGGAGAGCGAAGAUAGCUUGUAUGACAUCCUAACCGGACGAACGCCAGUGCCGAAGCUCUGUGAAACGAUGAGAGUCGAUUAUGGGGACAGUGAGAUGGAGGAUAGUGGCGAUUUUUUGGGGGUGGGGCAGGGGGAAAUUGAGGGGAUGGGGUUACCGGCGAAGGAAGGGAGUACGGGGAGUUUUGAGGAUACGUUUAGGGAACGGAGAAGGGUUGUUAGUGGGGGUGGUGUAAGGCAAGGGAGAGGGAGAGAGAGGGGGGAGAGUGUGUUUGAUGAGAGUGGGAUGAGUGAGAUGUUUUAG